UGGUGGUAAAGUUAGGCAACGUCGACGACGUUCUCCGUCGCGUACCCCGCAUCAUCCUGGUCUCUACUCGCGCCCGUAUCUACUUUUCAUUAUUGGGAGUGGCAAAUAUAACAACGCAACGACUGCAAGUAGUCCUGUAGCAAUCCCAAUAAUUGGAAAAUGUCUGGAUUCGCGGCCGCGGGUCUUGUGGCUUUCGAUUCCUUCAAGUCUAAAGCGUCGGAGAAACUUUCUGGAUAUAGAUUUAGAAGGAGCAAUGCCGGCUAUGAGGAAUUCGAGAUGCCUCCAGAGGCAAGUAAAGACAACAGAGGUUUCGAGGAUGAGCGGGGAUACAGCAGACAAGCGUCUUUCGAUUCUCUCCCAGAACCAGCAAGACCACCAUUACGACAUAUCGAUACUUAUUGCAAACCGGAAUGCCCCUGUCUGUCCAAGAGAUACACCAUUGCCGUAUUGGCUUGUUUAGGAUUCGUUAUUUCCUUUGGUAUGAGGUGUAACAUGGGAAUGGCAAAAUUGGUAAUGAAAAAUACGACCGAGGAAGGUGAACAGAUCAAAUUUAAUUGGACUGUCGCAACGGAAAGUGCCAUGGACUCGUCCUUCUUUUGGGGUUAUCUCAUAACACAAGUACCGGGUGGAUUUCUAGCGUCUCUCUACCCUGCCAAUAGGAUAUUUGGUAUAGCUAUCGCGAUAUCUUCCUUCUUGAAUCUUCUCGUGCCUGGUGCUCUCAAGGUCGAUCCGAUCGUCGAUAUGAUCGUCCAAGCUUUGAAAGGUUUCGUCGAGGGCGUUACGUAUCCAGCCUGCCAUGGUAUUUGGAAAUUCUGGGCGCCACCGCUCGAAAGAUCACGAUUGGCUACCUUAGCAUUUUGUGGAUCGUACGCAGCGAUGGUGAUAGGAAUGCCGCUUUCCGGUUUAUUGAGUCAUUGGUUCGGCUGGACUGCGUCAUUUUACUUUUAUGGUAUCGCCGGUUUAAUUUGGUACUGUUUUUGGCUUUGGUUGGCUUUUGAGAAACCAUCGAAGCAUCCUUCGAUUUCUGCGAAAGAGCUUCGAUACAUCGAGGAUUCGUUAGGUCAAGGACAAACUGUAGCACCAAUACCUACUUUUUCCACGACACCAUGGAAAAAAUUUUUCACAUCGAUGCCGGUUCAUGCAAUCAUCGUCGCUAACUUUUGCCGAUCCUGGAACUUUUAUCUCUUGGUCCUUUUUCAAGCCCGCUUCAUACACGAGGCCUUCAAUAUCCCGCUCGUCGAAACUGGCAUGGUCGGUUCGAUUCCGCACUUGAUGAUGACGUUUAUCGUUCCGUGCGGAGGUCUAUUGGCGGAUUAUCUUCGUAGACGUGGCAUCAUGUCGACGACGAACGUCAGAAAACUCUUUAAUUGCGGUGGAUUCGGCAUGGAGGCGAUAUUUUUUUUAGUUGUCGCAAAUGCAACCAUGCACAAGAAUGGCACAGCGGCAAACUUUGCUCUUAUUUUUGGUGUCGCCUGCAGUGGUUUUGCCAUUUCGGGCUUCAACGUUAACCAUUUAGAUAUCGCACCGAAAUACGCGAGCAUUUUGAUGGGCAUGUCUAAUGGUAUCGGGACGAUAGCUGGCCUUCUGGUACCAUUUUUCGUCGAUAACAUUACGAAAAAUAAGGCUGCCGAAGAGUGGAGAAAUGUCUUUAUCAUUGCCGCCUGCGUUCACUUUUUUGGCGUUAUCUUUUAUGCCAUAUUUUGUUCCGGAGAAUUGCAACCAUGGGCCGAUUCUACGCUCGAAGAACAGAAAACUUGGAAUCCUAUGAAUGAACUUAAUCAGACAAAACCACCUAUACCACCGCCGCCGGCAACAAUGCAGUCAGAAUUUAUUAAACAACCGUCCCUCGGAAAUGGCACUAACCCCCCAGCCAUUACCGAUGAUUGGAACGAUUAUUCUCAAUCGUCGAUUACUGCCGAUCAUACGUACGGCCAACAACAAGAGAAGACACCUGUUAUAAGUUACGGAUCGACGGAGACAAAUAGUAACAAUCCCUUCCACUCAACGAAUCCUUUUGCCACUGAUCUAAACACGACUUUGGUCCAGCCACCGGCUAGAGAUGAUUACGCGCACGACGUUACUCAGAAUCAAUGGAAUUGAAAGAUUUAUUCGCGUGAUUUGUCAUUUCGCGAUUACGGCAAAAGAAAUAGGAAACAAUGGGGGAGAAUGGUUUGAGUUGAGCGACAAAACAAUUUAUAAUUUAGCCACUCCCAAAUUUAAAGUUUAUUCUACUGAUUUCAACUUUAUAUCUACUGCAAUUCUUUCAUAAAUGCAAACGCGAGUCUUAUGCUAGAUGAGAAUGACUGUAACUAAUAUUAUUUUUUUAAUUAUCAACAAAUGAUGGUUGGUAUACCUAAAGGAAUAGGAUAUAUGCGAUAAUAGGCGAUGCUCUUUAAAAAAAAAAAAAAAAAGAUAAGUCUUUGAGUGCGAAUGGAUUCAAAUUUUACCAUUUUAUAAUCAAAACGAAACUUCUUAUAAGUAUUUCGCUAUUGCGAAUGCAAAAAAAAAGAUCAUUUAUUUAAGUAAAUGCUCGUGGAAGACAAUAUUAUUGAAACUUUAUUUAGCUUAGGAAGAUAUUUUGCGAAGAGUUUAACGGAUAAGAAAUCGUUAAUGAUAAAAAUAAAGUAAGAAAAGAGAAAGACAAAUCUCUUUUCGUUGGUAUAACUAUUAAUAUUAUCUACAUAUAGGCAAACGCUUUGAGAUCAAAGCGAAGACAAUAAGAAUCUUUUUGCCGACAAUAAGCUGAUUUUACGACAAUAAUUAUUAGAAAACAUACCCUUAGGUAUGUAUGCAUUAGUGUUUCAUUGAUUGAAUGACAAAAUACAUAGAUAUUUCUAAUUCGGCGAAAUUUCCCCCCAAAAAAAAA